UGGCCUGCAGGGGGCGACGAGGAGCCCGCUCUAGGGAGAACGGGCGGGAGCGGGCUGUUUGUGUACAGUUAGCCAAAGAUCUCCAGGAGAAACACCCGGAGGCUGGCAGGGAAGCGAAGAAGAAGAAGAAGAAGGAGAAGUGAAGAGCCCGGGAAGGGGGGCGGGGAAAGGGGAUGCCAGGCUGAGUUCCCCACCAAGAGGGCUCGCCGGCUCUGCCUGGACGGGAAGGAGCCCCAGGCUGCGCCGACGGGGCCGAAGGAGGAGAAGGGGCGGAAAGCGGGGCCGGUGGGGGUCGCCCCGGAGAGGGCAGGAGGAGGAGGAGGAGGAAGGCGCCCCGCAGGUGGCUCUUUGGCCCGCCGACGCCUCCGCUGCCCCGCUUCUACUGCUGCCGCUGCCAUGAUCACCAAGGAGGCCUGCGACGCCAAGGACCACCAGCUCACGGUGGCACUUCGCAUACGACCAAUCAGCAUGGCGGAACUGGAAGAAGGAGCCACACUCAUAGCCCACAAAGUGGAUGACCAGAUGGUUGUCCUAAUGGAUCCACUGGGGGAUCCUGAUGAUGUCCUCCGUGCUAACCGCUCACGAGAAAAAUCCUAUAUGUUUGAUGUAGCCUUUGAUUUUGCUGCUACCCAGGACAUAGUCUACCGCACUACCACAAAAGGGCUCAUUGAAGGCGUCAUCUCGGGCUACAAUGCUACUAUUUUUGCUUAUGGCCCUACUGGUUGUGGAAAGACCUACACCAUGCUUGGCACAGACAGUGAACCUGGCAUUUAUGUACGCAUGCUCAAUGAUCUCUUCCAUGCUAUUGAGGAAACCAGCAAUGAUAUGGAUUAUGAAGUGUCUAUGUCUUACUUAGAGAUUUACAAUGAGAUGAUCCGGGACCUGCUUAACCCAUCUCUGGGCUACUUGGACUUGCGUGAAGACUCCAAAGGUGUAAUCCAAGUGGCUGGGAUCACCGAAGUGUCCACCAUCAACGCCAAGGAGAUAAUGCAGCUGCUCAUGAAGGGCAAUAAACAACGCACACAGGAGCCCACGGCAGCCAACCGGACUUCCUCACGCUCCCAUGCUGUACUGCAGGUCACUGUUCGUCAGAAAAGCCGCAUCAAGAAUAUUAUGCAGGAGGUGCGCGUGGGCAGACUCUUCAUGAUCGACUUAGCCGGCUCAGAGCGGGCCUCUCAGACACAGAACCGUGGGCAGCGAAUGAAGGAGGGAGCUCACAUCAACCGCUCCCUGCUGGCUCUUGGCAACUGCAUCAAUGCACUCAGUGAUAGGGCAGGCGUCAAAUAUGUCAAUUACCGGGACAGCAAACUCACACGCCUCCUAAAGGACUCACUGGGAGGGAACAGCCGAACAGUGAUGAUUGCUCACAUCAGUCCCGCCAGCAGUGCCUUUGAGGAGUCUCGUAGCACCUUGACCUACGCUGAGCGUGCCAAGUGUAUUCGCACAACGGUAAAGCGCAACCUUCUUAAUGUUUCUUACCACAUUGCCCAGUACACAAGUAUCAUUGCUGAUCUGCGGAAUGAGAUUCAUCGGCUCCAACGCAAGAUUGAACAACAAGAGCCACGGCGAGCAAGGCAUGAUAUCCGCAGUAUUCAAGCGGAAGUGCAGCUCCAUGGAAACUCCUCUGAGAGGCAGGAGAUGGACCAGCUGCGGGAACAGCUUAUCAGCACCUUCCGAGAGCAGAUGGAUGUGCGGCGACACCUCAUGGAGCUGGAGAAUAAUUACAUGGAGAUCCAGAUUGAGAGCUCCCGCCACCUACUCAUCAUUGCUGACUGGGAGCAGGAGAAGGCCCGCCGGGCCCAGAAGUGGCGAGAGGAACAGAGGAAAGAGAGUGACACCAAAGAUGAAAGUGAGAAGGACUCUGACACUGGGGAUGACCUGUCUGAUGUGCCGGAGCCACAGGAAGUGACGUUAGCUCGAGAGCACAUCACUACCCUCCUGGGAGAGCAGGAUAAAUUACAGAAGCAAAAGGCAGAGCUAGAGAAGCGUUUCUGGGAGGUUCGGCAGCGUGGUCACCGGCUGGAAGAGGCCUUGCCUUGGCGCAUCAGCUCAGAAGAGCAACGGGAGGUCCUGAGCCUGCUGUGUAAAGUGCAUGAACUUGAGGUGGAGAACACAGCAAUUCAGUCUGGUUCCCUGCUCAAGGACAACCUCAUCCGCCACCAAGAACGAACUGUGCACCACUUUGAGCGCCACCGCAGCCUUUGUCAUCGCAUCAUUCAUGAACAGCGACAAAUAAUUCAAGAGUCUCAGACGUUGGUGCCAUCCCACCUUGAAGAACUGUAUCAGGCUUACCUGCAAGACCUGGAAGAAGGCAGCUUAGAUCGAGUUGCUGCUCUUGACCAUGUAGCUGUUAGGGUUCUUAAGGACACAUCUGUGCCAAAGCUCCCCCCACUCCCAGCAGAAAGUAUCAUAGACUCUGACCAAGAGAGUGUAAGGACGCUGGGCUCUGAAUAUCAGCACCAGCUGUGGCCGGAUUCUCGGAGAGGCACUCUCCCACCCCUUGUUCCAGAGAUCGACAGUGAAACAAAUCAAGUGUUCAAGACCAGUCCUCGGGCCCGGCAAAUCAAGAAUCCAGCAGUAGUGACACCACCUCCUAUCCAUGUCAAUGGCAUGAUCAGUCAAGAGUAUACAGCCCGGGAGAGUUUGGUUAGCCUGGGUAGUCAGCGAAACUCCUCUCCUGACAACAGCGAUCACUAUUCAGAUGGCAUCCUGACACGUGGAGCAGAGCGCAAGGCAAUAGUGACUGGCACCAAAAGCAUUGCUGUGAAGGCUGCCCGGCGUCGUUCCCGAGUGCUGGAAUCUGACCGGCUGAACCUGCUGGAGCCAACUAAGGAGCACAGCAGCUUGUCCCUCCAGUCUCUGAGCGAGAGUGAGGACCCUCUGUGCCGGGAGACCCCAAACCUCGGCCAGCCAGCCAGCCCCAACCUGCAGCAUGCCAUCAGUGAGGACAACUUGUCCACCAGCACCGGUGAGACCAUUCCAAGGAGGAAUGCCCCCAGGCACUCCCCUGGGCCCUGGAUUCGAGUUAGCAAAAAGGGAAGCAAGAAGCUUGAGAAGAGAGAGGAAUCACUAGAGGCCAAGAGGAGAAAGCGGCGGUCACGGUCCUUUGAGGUCACUGGCCACAGGCUUCCAUGUCCAAAUACCAAUGGUGGUCGCUGGCGUCCACUAGAGAGCAGUUCCGAGCACAAGAUUAUAGCAGCAGGAGGGAUGCACAACACUCGUGGCAUUGGAAAAGCUGCAGGACAGACAUCUAAAGUGAAGCUUCUUCCAGCUCAGCCAUCAUCGGAUCCCACAGAAGCCUCCUUUCUCUCUGUCACCUCCAGCCAAGCUGGUAUAACAAAAAAAACCUCCCAACCUGGUCAGCGCCCGCUACGUCUGAACUGUGUUGCAGUGCAUGGAACCAACCUUCAUGGCAAGGAUGGAAGGACCCGGCGAUGCUAAACGCAGAGGACUAACAGGCAGGGUCAGAAGCUCCUUUUGCUGCAAAGUGAAGAGGCAAAGUGGCCAAAGGCAUUGUAGGAAGAUGCAGAAAUGGCUGCAGUCACUCAAGGCAAGCUCCCAAAGGAUUGCCUGAUCGGUUGUAGGUAUGACUGUCAGGGUUUCAUCUCGGUACAAGAAUCAUGUCAGCCCCAGGACUGGAUCCUCCAGACAGAAAUAAGUAAUUCACUGGAUGGCUGGACAGAAAUAAAUAUGUCCAUGCCAAUAUCGGAUGCUGUCACCAGGAUGGAAUUGAAGGAUCCCUUGCGCUGAAGGCACAUGUGUCUAUUUUCAGCGGAAGCAUCUUACAGCUGUAUUAUGCCUUUGGAGGGGGGAGGCAAGAGUGCCACAACAUCUGUGUGGACCCCUGCUUUGAGAUAAAUCGCCACAUGUGCUGUGUGCUUGCAAUAUUUUUUUGCCUCACUCUUGGGAGUGAAAUACAUUUCUUGUGAACUGGAAUCUUUUAAACCAACUGACAACUGGCCAGAACUUCUCUUAGAAUAGAAAGAGUUAACACCAGAAGGCUCACAAUUUCGAGUUGGGAUCAUGGGGCUGCAUGCUAAUCAUUGGCCAGCCCCAGUUAAAUAAAAGGAUUGUACAGUUAUUUGAGAUUGUAUAGAAGUUUAUAUGAGCUCACCAAUGUGUUGGCUGCCAUGAAGUCAUCAGGAGAGCUGGCAAAUGGUUCAGAAAAGUAUCUGUGGUGGAUUUUGUUUCUCUGAUGAUUUACAACAAAAGACUGAAGACAGAACCAGUAGCACCUUCUAAAAUAUUCUGAGAAUUCUCUUCAGCUUCUUGUAUUAUUGCCUUCUUAUUCUAUGUUGCAGGGACUCCAUCCUGCUCCAGAUUCAGCCUCGCCCACUCAGGAGUGGGCUUAUAGUAGGACCACAUAGGUCUGUAUAUAUUAUUAGGUUGUUAACUUAUUCAGAUAGCUAUUUCCAACAUGCCCCACAUCCUCUUCCUACCCAAUUCUAUCAUUGUUUUCCAUACAAGAGUCAUUCCUCCCGUCUCAAGACAUUAAUUAUUCCUUAAUCCUCUCCAUGUAUUCCUUCUAAUUCAACCUCUUUCCUCUCCUCCUUCCAUGUAACCACUGCUAUACCUAAAAGAGGGAGAUGAAAAGAAGAUGCAACAGCCAUUUAUGUUCUGGGCUUGGGGAUAAUUUGACAGAUUUGAGACACUUCCACUCAUAUUGCAAGGCUGGCUCCACUGUGAAUUUUAAUAGAGCAAUAUAACUGCCCUAGAAUCACUUCCUCCCACUCAUUUCUUUUCCAGAAAGUGCUAAAUUAUUUUUCAGUUUUGAAGCAGGAUUUUUCACACCAGUACUUCGGGAGUAUAACAAAGGUAAAAUAUUUUUAACCAGCCAAACUUGAAGAUAAACUGAAAUUAGACUUGCAAACAUCUGUUAGCCAUUCUCUUUGGACUUAUUGGGACCUUAGCCUUGGGUUGAGUAACAUGCAAAUGCCAGAAAUUGCAAAUGUAAGUAAAGACAGAAUGGCAAUUUGCUUCUAGGUGGGGGAAGAGUGCCAACAUUUUCCCACACACCUCCUGUGCCAUUUUUCCAGUUGAAAUAACUUUGUGAAUGCCCUAUAGGCUGAAAUACAAGGACAAACCCCAAAAGAUACUUGAGCUGCCAAAAGAAAAUAUUUAUUACCUUUCCCCAGGUUCCUUCCCCCACCAUGGUUUAUGUGUGUGUGUGUGUGUGUGUGUGUGUGUGUGUGUGUGUGUGUGUGUAAUAUAAAACCAAAAAUUGGGAUGACCAUUCCUAGCUUGUAGUGCUCUAAUUAGGCAAGUAAUAUUACAAGGAGAGCUAUGGCAGGAUAAUAACUUGCUUGGCAAAUGUAUGGGUUUGAAAUUAGGCUUCCAUCGCAGGCUCUUAUUCACUGUGCAGACUUGAACUUGAGUCAUCUGGAUCCCUACUAGACUCCCAGCUAUACAUAUCUUGCCAGCAAAAGUUGCCAUGCACAUGCACAUUCCACAUUAGUUAGUGAUGCUUGUUCACAUUUAUUAGGUAUUAAUGUAAUGUGUGAGCUGUGAAUGAGCCUGAACAUCAGUUUCAUAAUAUAGAGAUUGCUCAAGAGGCUCCCUUUAGGAUACUGGAACUCUGUCCUGGGAAUGAAGACAGCUAACAAUGACGUGUUGAUAUAACAAAAGCAUGCACUAUUUUUCAAACAGUAUAUACUCACAAUUUGAAUCAUAAGUAGUUAAAAUGUCAUUUCUGUUCCAAAGGCAUGGUUGAGAAGCUCGGAGUUUUAUUGGGGAUUGCUUAUGGAUCUAGCUAUGGAAAGUUUUUCAGACUCCUGCUAUGGCCAAAGGAAUAUGUACCUAUGGUACAAAAAUUUGGUUAAGUAACUCUUUGUUUGGCUGAUCGUGUUUCUAGAUAGACACCUUAUUUCUAAGCUGUUUCUAUCAAAUGUGUCAAAACAACAACAAAGACUAGUAACUGAAUACUCCACUUCUAUCUUUCUUUCAAGAUUAGAGAGGUUUGGCAGCUAAGAUGUCAUGCCUUCACUGUUUUACUUAAUUUCUGUCAAUAUUCCUAUUUACUUUCAACAGUUGAUUUGUCCAAAUAAUAUUCCCCUGAAUCAUUACCUAUGUGUUUGCUGACUUCUACAAGCCAAUUCUCAUUAAAUUACAAAUGUUUCCUCUGGUGCAGUUUAAA